AUGGGGAUCCAAAGGUCAGAGCUCAAGACAGGAGUUGAGCCUUUCCAUGGUAUAACUCCAAACUCAUCAACCAUGCCUCUUGACCAGAUCGAGUUGCCGGUCACAUUUGGUGAGCUAGAUAACUUCCGAAUAGAAAAACUGACCUUCGAUGUUGCGGAUUUUGAUAUGGCAUACAACGCGAUCCUAGGUCACCCAAUGUUAGGCAAGUUCAUGGUUAUAGUGCAAUACGUGUACCAAAUGCACAAAGCCACCACCAAGGUCAUGGACCCCAAGCUCGUGAGCCUCGCUAAUGCCUUCAGAUAUGACGACACCACCAAAGGUGAGAACAAUGAUGGUUCUAAGGACAAGAAAAAAGCUGCUGGUGGUGUCAAGGCAGUGCCCCUCGACCCAUCUGAACUAGCCAAGACAGUCAAGAUAGGGGUCAGCCUUGAUCCCAAAUAG